AGCAAACAAGAUGGAUUGACAACUGAAGGGCUAGUCGGUAAUCGCUCUGCUCCCAGUAAAAGAGAAAAGAAAUACGUAUACCGAUUAUUGAUAAUUUGGUGACACCGGAAUUGAUGUGAUCACUGUCCGCUACAUUCUACCUGAAAUCGCGUGAUAAGGGUAGAAUCUAAAUAGAUAGCUUAUAGAUGCGACCGCAAAUCUUUAUGAAAGAGAAUCGGAAGGGAAAUGGUGUGACUGAUUAAUGACCAGCAUUAUGUUACCUUCCUCUGAACCAAUCUUGAGCGAUGAUGAUGCUGUCAAAAAACCCAACACAAAAUGGAGGCGGUCUCGUGGGACACCCUCCUAAAUCAAACCUCACUACUCCCUCAUUCUCCCCUAAAACGUCCCUCCUGCAAGACUCCAACGUUGUCAUACCAUCGGGUGAAAAGUUGCUGCCAUCACUUUUACAACAGAUCGCUAAAGCAUCAUCCUCGUUGCCCGGCAACACUUGGUCAGUUCCUAGCUGUACUUCUGCUUUUUCUCCCCAUCACGAACAACCUGCAAUGACGUCAGCUGCGCAAUCUCCUAAACCGUCCGUCUCAAUGUGUAAGAUAGAUACUGCAUCUCAUUUAGCCACCCAAGUUCUGGAACAUCAGCUCGCCAGCCAAAUCCUCGAGCGUUACUCUCAACAGCUGUCCCCAAACCAUCCCUUCUCCGCAAAACUAUUCUCCUCCAACGCUAACACCCUCCUCAACAACCAGCUAUCUACCACUAACACCCUCCUUAACAACCAACUAACAACCACUAACGCCCUCCUGGGUAACCACUUGUCUCCCUCACACUUCCUUAGUAACAGUGGAUUACAACAGCAACAACACCUUGUCUCUCACACCAACCCUCCCUUAUCCUUCCCAGAUUCAACACCACCAUGAGUCCUGUCAAUAACCCUCGUGUUGGUAUAAAAGAGUUUAUGAAGAGCGAAGAGAACAACUCGAGAAGAUUGAGAUGGAAAGAAGAACACGGAAGAAUCCUUAUCUCUAUCUGGAAAGAGAAGUACCCUCAGGUCCGGGCUGCUAAGAAGAUUAAGGAGAAACAUGCUAUAUGGCAGGAGAUUGGAGAAGAAUACAACAAAUUCUGUGUUAAAUACGACUGGCCUCCACGGUCCACGGAGCAAGUAAAGAUCAAAGUAAAGAACUGUAUAGACGAGUACAAACAGACCAUCAAGUACAACCAGGAGUACAAAACAUGUCCUUACUUCCAGGAUAUUGACGACAUAUUCGGAAUGAGUGAUCCAGAGAAAGCAGCCGAGUUACAGAAAACAGUGACGGUUGGGCAGUCCCCCAGCCAGGGUUGCAACGCCGAUAACGCUUACUGGAGCGGGAGCAGCCUUCCAACACAGGUAAAGAAGAGGAAGUUGAACAUCUCACUAGAUGUAGGAAAGGAGGAAGGAGAGAGAAAGUCACCCAAAUCAAGCAGCAGCAUGAGCAGUCCUCUACAUACCGAGGACCCCGAGAAAUCAGCUAGCAGUACCCAGACAUCAGGACAGGACUCCAUGUACCUCAUAAACCUUCCUACUUCACAGGCUACAGCCAGCACACCAAAACAGGUACCUAUACUACCAGAACCCCGCUACAGUACACCUUCAUCCGAAUUCCGACAAAAGAAACACCUCGACACUGAGGAACCAAGAUACGAUGUGAAGAUAGGAUCUUGUCUGGCUCCAGCUACUUCCCCCUCAGCUCUCCCGGACCAAAACAUUCCAAUUUCACAGUUUGGUGAGUUGAUGAAGCAGCUGCACGAGAGGGAGGAUAAGAGGAUAGACGUAUAUCACAGAAUAGAUGUGGAGAGGAAUAACGCGUUCCUCACUAGGGAGCGCGAGAGAUAUGAAGCCGAAUAUCAGCUCGAGAAAAGUCGACAAGCGUUCCUGUCGAGCGUUAUCGAGAAACUGAUUGACGUCAUCAAAGACAAGAGUCUGACUGAUAAGACAGAGACGAGCAAACUAUUCCCAACUCUACGGAAACCAGAAACUGACAUCGAGAAGAGUUGUGAAGACUGAGAAAAGAAGUUAAUCUUCUUCAGCAUCUUCAUCGGUGUAGUGACUUCCGCGCAACUGCCGCUCUCAUCAGCGAAAUUAGUAUUUGAAUUUUGAUGUUGCUGGCCCUGCUCCGUUUGGAUGAGUCACGUGUUAAACCGUGAACAGUACUGGAACCCCAGCAUAGUUUAGAUGUUAGACAAUGUUAACUUAAAGCUAAUUUAGAGCUGUAUAAGAUGUUAAUUUGGAGUAAGUGGAUUUUAUUCUCCAUGAUGUUAUGGUGUGUUAUCGAACUAUUGAUAUAGUAUAACAAGAGAAGAACGACUUUUAUUUAGACCAGGUCACCUAAUAAUAUGACCUAAUAAUAUGACCUUAUUUCGUGUUUUAAUCCUUAUCUAUUAUCAAAUUGAAAUCAGAAAAGGGUUUUUAUUUCUAAUUUGUCGCUUAAAUCUAGGUUUUUGAUUUAA